UCAUAAACUGAGAAGGUAACAGCUGAACAAAAACCCGUGCGGAUUGUGGCAUCCAAGUAUUACGAGGGCGAAUUUUAAUCAUUUUUAGUCUUAAGCUCCUGUUUUUGAGGCAGCUAUUUUGAGCCGCGACACUAGUCAGUGACAGGCAGACGACCCCGCAGAAUCACACUAUGGAUCUCUCCCCAACCAGCAGCAGCCUGAUGGCCAGCAACGUGACCAACAAAACGGACCCACGCUCGCUCAACUCUCGGGUCUUCAUUGGCAACCUCAACACCAUGCUAGUGACCAAGGCCGACGUGGAGGCCAUCUUCGCCAAGUACGGCAAGAUAGUGGGCUGCUCCGUGCACAAGGGCUAUGCCUUCGUGCAGUAUGCCAACGAGCGCAAUGCCAGGACUGCUGUGGCCUCCGAGGACGGCCGCAUGAUCGUUGGACAGGUUCUGGAUAUUAAUCUGGCAGGUGAGCCAAAACCCCAUCGGUCGUCGAAGACCAUCAAGCGCUCAGCAGGGGACAUGUACAGUCUAGAGGCAGGGCAGAGUUCCUCCUUUGAUCUUGACUAUGACUUCCAGAGGGACUACUACGACAGGAUGUACUCGUAUCCAUCCCGUGUGCCCCCGCCACCCCCGCCCCCUCUCUCGCGGGCGGUCAUCCCCUCCAAGAGGCCCAGGGUCAGUCUGAGUGGGGGCGGCAGCCGUCGCACCAAGAGCAACUUCUCCAAGAGUAGCCAGCGCACAUCCCGGACCACGUUAGCGUCCUCACAGGUCUCUCCAUCUACAGUGAGAGCGGACGACCUGCAGACCAUUAAGAAAGAACUGACCCAGAUCAAGCACAAGGUGGACUACCUGCUGGAGAGCCUGGAGCGCAUGGAGAGAGACCACAGCAAGAAGUCAGGUAAGGAGGGGAAGAACCUCAAACAGGAGGAGGCUUCGUCCCUGCAGCACUCGGCCCUGAAGAAGGAGCGUGAGAGUCCCGAGAUGAAUGACUACGAGGAGGAGGAGGGAGACCUUCUGGAGGAGGAGGAGAUCAAGAGUCGGGGGAGAGAGGAAGAUGAGGAAGAGGAGGAGGGGGAGCAGGAGGAAGGAGAAGAUGAUGGAGACAGUGCCAGUGGAGAACACUCUUAAACAAACAAACAAACAAACACACACACACACUUAGACAUUUAAACACCUACAGUACAUACACCAAUACACACAUUUACACAUAUUGCCCAAUGCAUAGGGCUGAGAUACGACAUACAAAAACCAAGGCAUGAACACCAACAUGAAUCAACCUUCAAAACCAAGCAGACAACAUAACUGUUUACUCUCAUGCUCGUGGUCUGCAUUCAGUGGGUCCGACCGCAGAUCUUUUUUAUUUGCUGCUAAACACUGAUAUGUCUGUUGGAAGGUGGCUCCAGAAGGCGGUGUACUUUUUGGAAGGGAACAGUGUAAAUACACACACACACACACACACACACACACACACACACACACACACACACAAGUCACACA